AUAAAGACCUGUGUGUGCUGAUGAUUUUUCCUGCAGCAGCCACCUCUUUCCCGUCUGUCUGUCUGUCUCCUUCUCUCCCUUUCUAAAGCAGCCCACCAGCAAACCAACAUGCCUCCAAAGAAGCCCGAACCUAAGAAGGCCGAACCUAAGAAGGAAGAACCCAAACCAGCACCUAAACCAGCAGAACCGGAACCCAAAAAAGAAGUUGAAUUUAACCCAGCUUCUAUUAAAGUUGAAUUCACCCCUGACCAGAUUGAAGAAUUUAAGGAAGCGUUCUCACUCUUUGACCGGACUCCUAAAUCUGAGAUGAAAAUCACAUACGCACAAUGCGGAGAUGUCUUGAGAGCUUUGGGGCAGAAUCCAACCCAGGCUGAGGUCAUGAAAGUGCUUGGCAGACCCAAACCAGAAGACAUGAACUCCAAGAUGAUCGACUUUGAGACCUUCCUGCCCAUGCUCCAGCAUAUUGCUAAGACGAAAGACACAGGCACCUACGAGGACUUCGUGGAGGGUCUGCGUGUGUUCGACAAGGAGGGGAAUGGAACAGUGAUGGGGGCUGAACUCCGCCACGUUUUGGCUACCCUGGGUGAGAGGUUGACUGAAGAGGAAGUUGAUAAGCUAAUGGCUGGUCAGGAAGAUGCCAAUGGCUGUAUCAACUAUGAAGCUUUUGUGAAACAUAUCAUGGCUAACUGAACACCAGGACAAGAUAGGCGCUGAGAACCCCCGAUGCUGGCCUUGGAUUUCGAUGUAAUGGAAUGUCUUCUCAUUUUUCAGCCCAGAUUCCCAUUACAGAGCUACAAAAUGUGCUGUCCCUAAUGUUAUUUGGAUAAAUGUUUUUUUGUUUGUUUUGUCUUGUUUCUUCAUGGGAAGAGGGUGGCCUCUGUGGAGAUUCAACUUCACUCAGGAAACUGAAGAAACUGGAAUCUGAACUAUGAAUACCUGGGCAUUGUCAUUUUUUUCUGAUAGAGAAUAUAAAGAGCAAAACAAAAUUGUUAGGGGAGGGGGAAGAAAAGGGGAGUAAUUUUUUUUCAUGACUAAAUAAAUCAAAAAAUGUAUUCGUCAUUUAGCCAUAUCUUUCCCUCCCCUCCCCUCUUCCUUCCCAAACAACUGGACCUUUCUUUUCGUGUUUAUUGCAUUUAUAAAAAAAUAGCUGUAAGAGGGUAAGGGAGAAAAGAAACUAAACCAGUUGUGUAAAUCUCAUGUAUGCAAGGAAUACUCUUAAUUUUUAGAGAAAAAUAGUAGAAGUAGAAUGUCCAGCAAUCAGCAUGGCAUUUGUUGAGCGUUGUUCACAUGUUUCUCAGCUUUGGAAGAUACCACCUUUAACAUAUAAGAUGCAAAGGAAAAAAAGCAAAGCAAACCAGAAGUGUAUACAAUGUUUGCUAAAAUGCAUCCCUUCUCCACCAGGAUUACUUCCUAUUCCAACAGUCUGACCUAUGAAACAAGUAAAACGCCUUUCCCAGUGCAAACUCGAAAUUGUUCUCAUAUACAUAUCUUGGUCCUGUAGCUUUUCGCAGUAAAACUUGGGAUUCUUUGUCA